AUGAAGGAUCUCGGAGAACUCAAAUUCUUCCUAGGUAUUGAUUUCUCUCGAUCCAGCAGGGGUAUUCUGAUGACACAAAAGAAGUAUGCUUUGGAGCUCAUUUCUGAAUCUGGUCUAGGAGGAGCCAAACCUGCCUAUACACCACUAGAAAUGAAUCAAAAACUCACCUCUGUUAAGUAUGAUGAACAUGCAGAUAACACAGGGGCUAAAUGUGAUGAUCUACUUAAAAAUCCUGCAGAGUAUCAAAGACUAUCCCAUAUGGAGGCUGCUCUAAGAGUGGUGAGAUACAUCAAAGAGGUUCCUGGUUCAGGACUAUUAAUGCCAGCCAAACAGACUACACAACUAACUGCUUACUGUGAUUCUGAUUGGGGAGCAUGUGUGGAGACCAGGAGAUCAGUCAUAGGAUAUUUGGUAAAAUUUGGAGAUGCUUUAGUGUCUUGGAAAAUCCAAGAAGCAAGAAACAGUGUCAAGAGGUUCAGCUGA